ACAAUGACAACAACAAUCGCACUGGAAGAUGACAAUUACCACAAUGAUGAUGAUGAUGAUCAAUGACACCACUGACAAUGAUGAUGCUGAAGCUGCUGCUGAUGAUGAUGAUGAUGAAGAUGAAGAAGACAACAACGACUGCAAGGACUACGAUGAUCACCAUCAUGAUGGUGAUGGUGAUGGCGAUGAUGAUGAUGAUGAUGAUGAUGAUGAUGAUGAUGAUGAUGAUGAUGAUGGUGAUGGUGAUGGCAAUGAUGAUGAUGAUGAUGAUGAUGAUGAUGAUGAUGAGUUUAUCAACGAAUUCCAGAUCAAAAGUUUUGGACUUAGUAGCAUGUUGCAUCAAUCGAGAUGCCAAGUGUUAACAAAAGGUCAUGUCAUUUGAUGAAAAAUGCUAUCGAGUCCAAAACUUGUGAUCUGGAUUUACCGAUAACAUCAUCAUCAUCAUCAUCAUCAUCAUCAUCAUUGUCAUCAAAAACAUCAUCAUUGUCAUCAAAGACAUCAUCAA